AUGGCCACGGGCCCCGGCCGGCACCGCCCCCCGUCCUCUAACCCCACCCCGCCCCCCGACGCCUCCAUUGCUUUGCGCAAGCUCCCACCGCACAGCAGGAUUCGAACCCCUGACCCCCCAAACCCCUGCUCCUUCCACCCCAUCACGCUGCACGUCCCCGGACUUGGAGCCUGGCUCCCGUACCUUCUCGGUCCCUGCCGGCUGCCCCGGCGAGAGCUGGAUGGAGCUGAAUUUUCUGGUCAAGAGACAAGCACCAAUGGGCGGGCGGCUCGCGGUCGCUGGCUUCAAACCGAAGAGCCGGGGGCUGCGCGCGCCCUGGCGACUAUGAGCGUACUGGACGCCCUGCAGCUGCCCGCCAGCCAGAGGGCUCAGCCCUCCUUCAGAGAGCAAAGAAAGCAAAAAAUUGAGGAAUAUCUGUCACGGAGGAAGACCUUCUCUGGCUUAAAUAGGCAGGAAAAGCAGAUAAAAGUCAGCAACAAUAAUUGGAAGGAAAAAGCAAGUGAGAACAAAAACCAAAUGGCAACGAAGGCUCUGAAGCUUAAAACCAAAAUGGAAGAUAAAGAAAAUACUAACAGGACAAAGCUGGACAAAAACAGCCAGACCAUGGAAAGAAAUGGGGCUCCUUUAAAAGCCACUACUGUAUUGACCAACUCAUCUGCAGCUCUAAGCUCAAAAAAUAUUGGGGAUUCCAGUCAGAUUGUUCAAGUGUCCCUCACUGAGGAGAACAAUGCCAAAGUUCAACGUAUGUCCUUUAGUCAGGCCUUUUUGAUUAAAAGAAAUCGAAAAGAGGAACAGCUGAUUGCGGAAAAGCUGAAAUCUGAUGUUAACUUGCCAAAGAAACCAGUGCUUGGCUCCUAUCGCGGCAAGGUGGUUCAAUCUAAAAUAAAUUCCUUUCGAAAGCCACCACCACGCAAGGAUGAGCAUUCUCUGACCAGAGCGACGCCUUCGGCCAUCGUUUCUAAGCCAGCGGUGAGACCUCCCUCCGCCAGCGGCGGUGCCGUCAAAGGUGGAAGAAUCUCAAAUGAGGCUAUUUCCACGAAAUCUGGGAGCAUCGGCUCCUCCCAGAUCAGAUCUCUCGUGAGACCUCCUCUUAGGAACCACCCUGACCCGAUACCAAAACAAACCAUCCAUAGGGCCUCUGUCCAGGUCACUGCCUCCAAAGAGCCUCAUACAAAAAGGCCCUUACUGUCAAAUCCAGUUCCAUCUACUGUCAAGAAAGGGCCACCUGCAUCCCAGGUGAAGCCAACUCUGUCUAAUGUCAAGAAGCGACCGCCACCAGGAAAACCGGCUCUGGCGAAUGCCAAGACCGAUGCCUCAGAUGGGCUGGGAAAAAAGGAAGCAGUGCCUGUCACAUCCAGAGCUCCAGCCCAGCCUGCUCCUUCAACGUUGCAGGCAAAAUCAAUGGGCAUUCGGAGGUCUACUCUCUCAAAAGAAUCAGCAGAAGAGAGAAGAGCUCGCCUGGCUGAAUGGAAAGCUUCCAAGGGAAAAGUGUUAAAAAGACCUCCUAUUUCUAUGCCGCCGGCUCAAUCUGAGCCGAAAGAACAACAAGUGGAGUCAUUCUGGACCACCAUUGUAGAAGAGGAGGAGCAAGUAUUAUUUACUGAAAAAGUUAACAGUUCUUUUGCUGAAUGCCUAAAGUUAAUUAAUGAGGGAUGUCCAAGAGAAGAAGUACUCGACAUACUGGACAAGGUUAUUCAAAAUAUUCCCGAUGCCAGAAAACUGGUCAAAUACUGGGUAUGUCUCGCACGACUUGAACCGAUCACAAAUCCUAUUGAAGAUCUCAUUUCCAUUUAUGAGAAGGCCUUGCUGGCAGGGGCUAAGCCUAUUGAAGAGCUGCGGCACACAGUUACUGACAUUCUAAAGAAGAAGAACCUUGCGCAGACUGAUGUUGGGGAGAGUGUUAACGCGAUUAAUACAACUGAAGAAGGAAUUAAGGAAGUCAGUGAAGUAGCAAAUGAAGGAGACAUUGAUGCAAAUUUGAAGUCUGAGGAGAAAGACUUGAAAAUGAAAAAUAAGAGUUCCAGAAAGAGAGUGACCAUGAAAUCUGAGGAGCAGCAGGAUGAUGGUACCCAAGAAGAUUCCAUUAACAGUUUGAAGACUCCCGAUAGAGAAACUGACGGAGCUUUCUUAGUUAAAUACAAUGUGUCGACCACACCAUACUUGCAGAGCGUGAAGAAGAAGAUGCAGUUGGAAGAAACGGAUUCUGCAGUUAAAGAUUUGAAGUUCCUCACCCCUGUGAGGCGGUCUCGCCGUCUUCAGGACAAGACCUGUAAACUACCAGCCAUGUUAAAGGAUCACUAUCCCUGUGUUUCUUCUUUGGAACAACUGGCAGAAUUGGGAGGUGAAACCAAUUGUUUUAUAUACCGGCAAAAUGUUGCACUGCCCGGAACUGACACAGAAGCUGAAGAACCACAGAAAGAAUGAAAGUUUGGCAAGAAAUAUCUUUUUUAAGAAAAAAAAAUCUUGGAGGUCUGUUGGAUAUGUAUUUUUCAUAAGUAUGUAGAAUUGGCAUAAAUGCUAAUAUCUAGACAUUUUAGGUAUCUGCUUCCAAGUAUGAGAAUAGGUGAUUGCAUGGUCACUAAGCAAAACAACGCCCUUAAUAUGACUUACAACUCUACUUUUAUUUCAGAUGGAUGGGGACUUUUUAGUGCAUAGACUGAUAUUACUCUGCUGUUUUGCUUAGUUUUCUUUGCAGCAAGUGUUGUGAAAUAGUUUAAGCCAGAAGCAUCCUCAUUCAUUAACUUGGGAAUGGUUUGCUUGGACAGAAUUUCUAAAGAGCAAAACUAAAGUUGGAGGGAAUGAGGCAGAUUAAUCAAGAGGACAGGGCUAAAGCAUAUAGCAUUUUAGGAAUGGGUUGUUCAUAAAGGAGACUUUUCUCCUGGCCAAUCUAGCAUCUUUGAGAAGUAAAAUGUACUUUUUGAUAAUAACCUAGGGGAAAAUUCAGUAUACUUGGGAUUUAUUAAAAAAAAAUACUAGCAUAACACUAAUCUUUAUGCUAACUUUAAUACUAUCAUUUGUACUAAUGAGCCAGUUCCAGCACUUAAUAUUCCCCAAGCUGACAGUAUGCUGAGAUUUUAAAAAUAUAGAAUUGCAUACAGAUAUUGUAGUACUGUGGCUUUUUUUUUUUUCAGCAGAUGGUCCAUUGUGUUCAAUAAAAUCACUUUCUGAUAAAAACAUUGAUGAUGCCACAACUUCUCAAUUCAAGGAGUUCUGUCUUAGCUCAGACCAAACUAUCCAGCCCCAUGCAAGUUGGGGAGGGUUUUUUCUGAGCAUCCACUUGAUUUUAUGUAGAUUGAUUUCAUAUCCAUAAAGGUUAGAAUAUUUGGAUCUGAAGUCUCUAAUUACCGUAGUUUCUUGUGAAUUUCCUAGCCAGUUUUACAAAUGGGCUGGGGCCCAUAAUUUGAAGUCAAGGUGGACUUUAGUUAAAAACCUUUAAAGUAUUCAAUGAAUUUUUCAGGUUAGAAGCUAUUAUUUCUACCAGGUUGACUUUCUAUAGGAACAAUUUUUAAUAAAUCGCCCCUAGAUGUGCUAUGUUUAUUUUUUUUCAUAAUUAUUAAUUAUCUUUAGAAAGACAUGUUUUUUCAGGCCCAAAAGAAAGAGAUAUAGGAGCCUCAUUCUCAAAUGACCUUUCACAUUGGGCGUGUGUGAAUUAUAUACUAGUUUGCCUGUUAUUGGUAGUGAUGAUGAUGAUUAUGGAGUCUCCCAUCGAGAACAACAGUUGAUCCUGGGCCCUGAGAAUCCAAAAUCAGGAACCUGUGCGGUGCAAUUGAUAAUCCUGGUAGUGGCUUGAGCAGAGCCACUUGCUCACUUUUUCUCGCUCUUUCUCUCCCCUUCCAGUCAUGUUUCCCCUAGGGCACAGUGUAGCAGGAUUAAUAAGCGACAUGCACCAAGGGGAGAAUAAAGAAAUAACUUCUCAAGCCUUCAAUUCUUAGCUCAGCAGUAACGUUUUCUCGCCCUGCAGUUUCUAUGUGAACUAAAAAGGUGUCCUUCUUCAGCUCCCCACUCUGUAUUUUGGGGAACUGUAAGUAGACCAAUUUUAAACUAACGAAAUCCCUAUAGGUUCCCAACUGCAUUUGCUUUAGAAAUCUUCACUGGGCUACUUCAGGAUCAUAAAUCCUUUGGGCAUACAAGUGUUGACUAGUGAAAUUGUAGACAAGAAACAGUAUAUUUGGCAAUAGGAAGAAAGUGGAAAAUGUUAGUGAGAGAAGCCAGUAAAUGCCAUCUGGCCCAGGUGAGUUUGGAAGUUUGAUUCAUCUUGAAGUCUUUUGCAACCAGCAGUCCAAUUUGGCUGUAAAGCAAAUGUGCCCAAAUUUCAUUUUGAAUCGCCAGAAACGGGAUGUCCACUUAGAGGAGGAGCUCAGAGGGAAUGAGGGCAAGGUGGAGGAAAUAAAGAGGGAAACGGGAGGAGGAAAUGGAUUUGAUAGCUCAUAGCGUGUAAAGUCUGUUACUGUAUAGUAAUUGUAGCUGUAAACCAUUAAUCCUCAUUCAGGCGGUUGCUUUUUCAAAUAAACGUAUUAUAAUUGACAA